GCCCGCCUCCCCGCUCCGGCUCCGCCUCCGCCUCCGCCCUGGAACGCAGCGCGCUCCGCCCGAGGCCUCCCGGCGGCCUGCACAGGAAUCGCGGAGCUCAGCUGCCGCCACCUCGCGCCGGGUCCGCGCGGCCCACGGGACCCCCCUGAAGCUCCCGGCCCACGGUCCACAUGGACGCGCGGGGCCCUGAAGCCCCCGGCGGGCGCGCGCUGCGGGAUGCGGCAGAAAAUCUAUUUCAGGAACUUCAGGAACAUUUUCAAGCUCUGACUGCAACAUUAAACCUCAGAAUGGAAGAAAUGGGAAACCGCAUCGAGGACUUACAGAAGAAUGUCAGUGACUUAAUGGUGCAAGCUGGCAUUGAAAAUUCUAUUAAACAACAAAUGCUGAAGACCUAACUGCAGCAUGACUGUGUUUGGAGAUGGGGCCUCUACAGAAGUCAUUAAGGUUACAGGGGUCCUGAGGGUGGGGUCCUCAUCCAACAGGAUUCGUCUGAGAAGACACACCAGGGGCUCACCUGCUCUCCUCCUGUGCCUGCCCCAGAGAAGGCGGCCAUCGGCAAGCCAAGGAGAGCCCUCCCCAGAAAUCACAUGGACCGGCACCUUGAUCUGGGACUUCCAGACAACAACUGUGUUGUUUAAACCACCCAAUCUGAAGCUUGUUAUGGCAGGUCCUGGGCAGACUAAUACAAUACGCAACACGUUUACAAUAAAUACACGAUGAACUUACAAA